AUGUCUUUUCAACCGAUUUUCGGUAAACAUCGAGCACCUUUAUUAUUGGACACGUACGAAGCAUGUAUUAGCAAUUUAAAUAUUCAAGAAAAGCUUGUACGAUUAAUUACCGACAGUUCUUCCAAUAAUAUUGCAGCAUUUAACGGCUUAAUUAUACCUGGCCUUGAAUCUUAUUUUCAAGACGACGAUAAUGAUUUUUAUUCGAAUUGUUUUAUUGAUUCGGAGCCAUUUGAACCAGAUGACAAUCCAAUCGAUGAGCAGAUGUCAACGGAGGUCGAAGAUGUUGUCAAACGAUUUCUUGAUUCUAUUGUUGUUGAAAAUGAAUCAUUUCGACUACCAUGUUAUUCUCACACAAUUCAAUUAGUGGUCAAAGAUGGCUUGAAAAGUUCGGAUUGUGUUCAAGCUUCAUUGGAAAAAGUUUCAAAGAUCGCUAAACUAUCUCAUUCUUCAACAUUAGUUGCAGGACGUUUUGAAAAUAUAGGUAUAUGUAUUCUAAGUGCUAAUAAGACUCGCUGGAAUUCUCAAUAUGAUAUGGUUAAUGCUAUAGUUCGUAUUCAAGCAUCUGAUUUGAAUGACAUUUUAAUACAAGCGCAGCGACGAGAAUUAUGUCUAAAACAGCAGAUUAUCAAGCACUCACUGAAUUGA